AUGUUCGGGCUGCUCAGCCUCUGGAGAACCUUUGACAGUGUGGUCUUCUACCUCACGCUGAUCGUGGGCCUUGGGGGACUGGUAGGUAACGGGCUGGUGCUCUGGAACCUCGGCUUCCACAUCAAGAAGGGCCCCUUCUCUGUCUACCUGCUGAACCUGGCCGCCGCCGACUUCCUGUUCCUCUCCUGCCACAUGGGCUUCUCCGUGGCUCAGGCUGCCCUGGGUGCCCAGGACACACUCUACUUCGUGCUCACCUUCCUGUGGUUCGCGGUGGGGCUCUGGCUGCUGGCGGCCUUCAGCGUGGAGCGCUGCCUCUCCAACCUCUUCCCCACCUGCUACCAGGGCUGCUGGCCCAGACACGCCUCGGCCAUCCUCUGUGCCCUGGUUUGGGGUGGAACUACUCCUUACUCCCCGCCCCUGACCCUGCCGGCCGUGCUGCUGCCCGCCAACGCCUGUGGCCUGCUGCGCAACAGCACGCGCCUCCUGGUCUGCCUGCGCUACCACGUGGCCAGCGUCAUCUGGCUCCUGGUGCUGGCCUGCGUGGCCUGCACGGCUGGCGUGGUCCUCUUUGUCUGGGUGACCUGCUGCUCCACGCGCCCGCGGCCCAGGUUCUACGGCAUCGUCCUGGGCGCGCUGUUCCUGCUCUUCUUCUGUGGCCUGCCCUUGGUCCUCUACUGGAGCCUGCAGCCCCUGCUGAACUUCCUGCUGCCCAUGUUUUUACCGCUGGCCACGCUGCUGGCCUGCAUCAACAGCAGCUCCAAGCCCCUCAUCUACUUGGCGUCGGGCCGGCAGCCCGGGAAGCGGGAGCCACUGCGGGUGGUGCUGCGGAGGGCCCUGGGGGAGGGUGCCGAGCUGGGUGACAGGGGACAGUCCCUGCCCAUGGGCCACCUAUAA